UCUGCUGGGCGGGCGGGGUCCUGGGCUCUCCAGCUCCUUCCCCCGCUGGCUGGCGGUGUAGCCUAGGCGUACUCAGCGGCCCGGGCCCUGCAGGUUCCGCAUCAGACUCAUCUGAUGACAGGUCCUGACUCCAAGUGACUGACGAGCACCUGUUGCUUCUUGGGUGACAUAACAGGGGCUGCAAUGGACCUGGUUCUCAGUGUUGCAGAUCACUACUUCUUUACUCCAUAUGUGUAUCCAGCCACGUGGCCUGAGGACAAUAUCGUCCGACAAACUAUUAGUCUCCUGAUUGUCACAAACCUGGGUGCUUAUAUCCUCUACUUCUUCUGUGCAACCUUGAGCUAUUAUUUUGUCUAUGAUCAUUCAUUAAUGAAGCAUCCACAGUUUUUAAAGAAUCAAGUCUCUCGGGAGAUCAUAUUCACCGUCAAGUCUUUGCCCUGGAUAAGUAUCCCCACCGUUUCAUUGUUCCUGCUGGAGUUGAGAGGCUACAGCAAGCUCUAUGAUGACAUAGGAGACUUCCCAAAUGGCUGGAUUCAUCUCAUCGUUAGCGUGCUGUCCUUCCUCUUUUUCACGGACAUGCUGAUCUACUGGAUUCACAGGGGCCUACACCAUAGACUGGUCUACAAGCGCAUACAUAAACCUCAUCAUAUUUGGAAGAUCCCCACUCCAUUCGCAAGCCAUGCUUUUCACCCUGUGGACGGCUUCCUCCAGAGUCUACCUUACCAUAUAUACCCCUUUAUCUUUCCACUACACAAGGUGGUCUACUUGGGUUUAUAUGUCUUGGUUAAUGUCUGGACAAUUUCUAUUCAUGACGGUGAUUUUCGUGUCCCUCGGGUCUUAAGGCCAUUUAUUAAUGGGUCAGCUCAUCACACAGACCACCACAUGUUUUUUGACUAUAACUAUGGACAGUAUUUCACACUGUGGGAUAGAAUUGGAGGCUCUUUUAAAAAUCCUUCCUCCUUUGAAGGGAAAGGACCACAUAGUUAUGUGAGGCAGAUGGCCGAAAGGGAGUUCAACAACCUUGCAGUAAAUGGAUGUAAAAGCGAAAAAGUGUGCAAUGGAGAGUUUACAAAGACUAAGUAGAUUAUUGUGCAAUUAUUAAAUAUUUUAAAUAAGGAAAUACUCUACACACAGCCAAGAUACAUAGUGCAUAAGUGGUGUCAUUUGGACGUCAGCAUUUGUGUUCUGACGGUAAACUGAGGGAAGAUGCUGGAAACAGCAAGACUGUGAUCUAGUGGCCAAUGUUUCAGACAUUGGUCCAGGGAACAUCUUGUGUCUCUGCAGCCAGCAGAUCUGCAGACUGUACAGCCCCAACAACUUUAAAUAAGACAGAAGAUAAGCUACAAAAGAAGCUGGUCUGCGUCCUUUUGCCUUAAUACACUCAUAUUCAUUAAGGGGGAAAAAAAUCUAUUGUGCUUAACAAUACUGAGACUAGCCAAGAAAUACUAAUAUGAAGAUGUCUCCUGUUCUGGGAGCGGCUGGCUCUGCAGUGGAGGUAGAGGACUUGCAGGACUUUGUUCAAAUCGGAACAUCAGCCCGAGAACUAUCUGAUACACAAGUGGCUAUGCAUAUGAUUUACUUAAUGGCUGGUGUGAUAAGAUUAUAUUAUCUUCUUAUACAUAGGCGCCUUACUCUCAAGGGCAUUAUCAGACUUUAAUAAUGAAUAAAUAAAUAAAUGGUAAUUUUUUAAAUGUCAGCUCUUCUAUGAUUCAAUCCAGAUAUGAGAUUAUUUAACUAAAGAUCUUGAUUCAUAUCAUUUAAAAGUACUGUUUAGUAAGCCUACAGCCAUGAAUCUGGAUAAUCCUAGAUAUAAACUUGGGGCACCCAGGUGGCACAUCUCUUUUUAAUAAAAUGGACGCACUGUACUUUUGAUGUAUUCCAAGUUACAAAGCUGAUUUUUGAAAUGAAGGGAAUAAUUGCCAAAUACUUAAGCCUACCUGAGAUACGCACACUUUGAGACCCCCAUCACCAUUUCUUCCCUCUCUUGCUACUGCCUCUGCAAAAAAGUCUCACAGCCACCUCCAUGAAGAAAGGUGGGUGUUAUGAGUGUGUUGGUGUAAAGAUAGUCUAUUGGCUGUUUAUGCAAAAACCAAUAAAAGUUGAUCAUGACUGCUAUCACCCACUUAAAUGUUAUAGACCAAAAUAUCCUUUAUUUAAAUCAGUGUCACUCUGAAGACAUAGAGUUGAUGUGGGUUAUAAAAGCUGAGAGCAUCCCAGAUACCCAGGGUCACACUGCUGGAUGUGAGUUUUUACUACAAGGAUCUCUCACUCAGCAAAUCCUUUCUCAUUUGCUAGUUGACAUUAUCAAGUGCUCUGAGGCAGGGAAAUGGGAAAUAAAGAGGCUCUGUGUAAGGAUCUAGACUUUAUUUUCCUGGAAAUAGAACCCACCAGGACGCAUCACUAAGAUAAGGACUGAUUGAGAUGCUGAAUGAAUCUGACACCCAGCUCUUGGCAGUGUGCUGUGGAUGCCACAUCAAGAAAGAGCAAACAAGUGGGACUUCUCUUCUCAAGGCUCAAGGGAACACCAAGGAAGAAGCCAAGGCCAGGGGAGAAUGCUGCAAGACUCUGGACACGAGGGGCCAUCGUGCUUGUGAACUUAUUGCAACUGUGUCUGUCUGCACACCGUCCAACCAGGGAACAUUCCAGCAUGGAUGGGUUUGGGGGACUCACAAGGUCCCACCUCUAGCUGGGGGGCUAUUGACAGUGGGUGGCCGCUAGGGAAGGGAGAGUCAGUUUGUAGUGGUGCAGUCUCCAAGUUGGCUUUUGUGCCAGUGGGCGACCCUGUACCUCUGAGGCUAGGGGCAGCUCUAAUUGGACUCUGCCUUAUAGAGGAGAAGAAACAGAGAAUGUGAAAUUGGGAGAGAGGUCGGGAGAGGCUGGGGUUGGGAAAGGUAGAGUGGAUAUGAUCAAACUGUAUUGUGUAUGUGUAUGACAAACGGGGGGGGGGGGUGGGGAUUGAUCUUCAGCCUCACUUCAGGAGUUGCUGCUAGGAGCCUUGGAGUAAGAAGAGUGAGUCACAGCAGGUGCCCUUUGCAACCUUGCUUUUCCCAUCUCAUAAUGGAUGAGCCACUGUCCCUCAGUAGGGUCAAACACAGAGAAUGGUGGCUUCUGCUUCCUGGCUUCAGUGAUGAUCAUUGUGAAUCUUCUGCUGGGUCCUCAUCAGGAGUAUGGUGGAGGAGGCUGCUCUCCCCUUUUCGUUGGAGCAUGAAAAACAUCCAGAUGAGUUACAGGAAUACAUAAGAAAAAUCAAACACAAGAUGUUGCACGCUGUGAGUCAUCUUUGAUGAGGUAAAUAGCUGGUAUUCUUGUUGCUGUAACAUUCUUUUUCAAAACCACUCAUAAGCCAGUUUACAGUAAAACAGAGACAAGGGAGUGCAUGAUCCAGGUGGUAGUGGGUUUCACCACUAGGGCAGGGGUUGGUAUUGGAAGAAAAUACUCAUAAAAACUUGUUAUAAUUUACUUUGUGAAGAGACAUUGAAGAUAAUUGUCUAGGGGCCAGGCUGCUGCCUAAUGGUAGACAGAGUGCAUGCUUGGCAUACACAAGGCCCCCAGCUUCAUUCCCAAUCUGGCCAAAAUGGUUGUUUGUUUGUUUGUUUGUUUGUUUUUUGAGCUGAGGAUCGAACCCAGGGCCUUGCACUUGCUAGGCAAGCGCUCUAACCAAAGUGUUUUCUUCCUAAAUCUCUAAAGUCACAUUGAGGAUUUUUAUUAAUUUAAGUGCAAUAGACUUUGAAAAAUAAGUUAUAUUCUAGUUUCUUUAACAGCAGACUCCUAAGUUGAGCCUAUCAAAUGCUCCUGAACAUGUAACUAUUUGUUCUUUUAUAAUGAGAUUUUCUUAAAUUUGCUAAGAGGCUUAGCAUUUUGAGUCAGUUCCCUGGUCAGACUUGUGUUUGGGUAUCUGGGCAGAGUCCCAUCACUCAGACAUCACCGACCGAGUCAGAAGGUAGUCAUUUGACUUGAAGCCCUCUGCGCCCUCUCCUGGAGCCAGCUUAUCUCAUAGGCUUCCGUUCAUCUCCUCCAUUAUGUAUGUCUAUUUCUUUUAGUAUUAUCAUCUCACUCAUUCAUUUAUGAAAAGUUGACCCCCUGACAUGCUGCUAAAGAAGCAAAUAGAAACGCCACGCACAUCCAGCUGUGAAGGUAGCACUGCCUGUAGUUCUGGACUGCUGCUCCAACAGUGUAGUAUGCUGCUGGCUUUCCUGAAGUUACGUGUGCCUGCCCCGAUUGUCCAGUUCAGCCUUGACAUCCAUACACCAAUGCCCCCCCACCCCACCAGUCAAGACAACAUGUCCUUCACUGGGGCUUGCACUGUCUCCCUCUGCGGUUUCCCCAGCCCCAGGUAACCACUGACCUACUCCGUCCCUGGGGAUUAAUUUCAUCUGUUCUAGAAUUCCAUUUAAAUUAAAUCAGAUGAAAUAUACUCAUGUGUUGAGCUUUUUUUUUUUCCAGCUUAACAUGUUUUGAUACAUGUGCUGUUGUAUUUAUCAAUAGUUCAUUCCAUUUCAUUGGUGAGUAGUGUUCCUAUUAUGACAUUAUACUAAAAAACACACUACUGUCGGCUAAUCUGUAUUCUGUUCAUGGAUACCUGGGUUAUUUCCAGUGUGGAGAUAUUUUGAAUAAAGCUGUUAGAGACAUUUGUGAACGAU